CGAUUCUACUUCCGGUGUAAACAAACGGCAUGUUUCGUUUUCAAAAGAGAUAACAUAGACAAGUUGUACACAAGAUAUGUUUGUGUCUGGAAAAGCAGCCUUGAUAACUGGGUCCACCAGCGGGAUUGGACAAGCUACAGCCAAACUUCUGGCAGAAAAUGGAUGCUCAGUCAUAGUAACGGGGUCAAGAUCAGAAGAAAAGGCCAGAGAAGCUCUGCAGGAUAUUCAAAGCACGGCUGUUGGCAAGGUGCAUUUCAUACAGUGUGAUCUUCGGGAAGUUAAAAAUGUUGAAGAUUUAUGUAAAAGAGCAGAUGAGAUAAUUCCAGAGGGCAUCGAUAUUCUAGUGAAUAAUGCCGGAUUACAGCAUGUAGCUCCCGUCGAUGAAAUGCCACUUGAAAAGUGGAACGAUUUGAUACAAGUAAAUCUGACAACUCCGUUCAUGCUUAGCAAACAUGUUGUACCAUCAAUGAAGAAAAAAGGCUGGGGGAGAAUUGUCAACAUCUCGUCCGUCCAGGCAAUGAUGGCCCACUCCAAUAAAACUCCCUAUAUAUCUUCAAAGACUGGACUGGUUGGACUAACGCGGGGUGUUGCUAUGGACACCGCUACCUUUGGAAUCACCUGCAAUGCCAUUUGUCCGGCAUGGACUGAUACACCCCUUGUAGCACCUCAGGUAAAGAUACUGGCAGAGAAAACUGGCAAAUCACUGGAGGAGGCUAAGCAUGAUUUGUUCACAAAUGCUACACCCACCGGUAAAAUAAAUCGACCAUCCCAGAUAGCUAAUAUGAUCCUGUUUCUCUGUUCUCCGGACGCUGAUAAUAUGACAGGGACAUCUAUUCCCAUGGACGGAGGAAUGACAGUGCAAUAAUUCAAUAAAUUACACUCAAUAAAAAAGGAUACACUAAAACUAUUUCACUUCUCAAAUACCUGUAAACUGUAUUACAAUUACAAAAAUUAUAAGCAUUGUUGAGUUCCAUAAUUUGAUUAUAGAACCUUCAUCUAUCAUAUAUAGUUAGACAUGUUUUGUCUUUGGAAGUUGACGAGUGUGUCAAAUUGGAAGAAAAAACAAAUCAAAACAAAAACGUUAUUUUCUGUGACCAGUAUUUCACUUCUCAUCAAUCUUGGAAUCAAUGGAGUCUUCUAUUUUCCGAAGUCUAAACUACACAGCGAAAUGUAUGAUGAUACCAGAGAUAGCAAAAUUAGUAAAGCCAUAUAUGGUCUUGAAAUACUGCCAUACAAGCAGUUCUGAUUAUCGUGGACUAAGUGUUUACCAGCCAAUAAGACACAGAGAUCAUUUAAUUAUAUAGAUUACAUAGAUAUGUCGGAUAAAAUAUGCCAAUAAUCCCGCAAAUGAAACUACUGAAAUUCACUCAUGUGAUAAACUUUUCAUCAAUGAAUGAAACCUCAUCGUGUUAUGAAUUAUAAGUUAAGUAUUGCCUUGGGAUCAAAAUGAUAAAAGUGUACAAACACCGGAAGCUGCCUGGUGUUAAGAGGAAAUUGUACGAGGCUAUUCUCCUUGUUUAUCUGUACUUUAAGACAGUGAAUGUAGAAUUAGAAUAUAUGUGGUGUUUAA